AUGCCUUCCCCUUCCAAUUCUGAUGAGCUGAUAUUUUUUGUGAAUGGAAGAAAGGUAAUAGAGAAGAACGCUGAUCCUGAAGUCAAUCUGCUGUUUUACGUGAGGAAAAAUUUCCGUCUCACAGGUACAAAAUAUGGCUGUGGGGGAGGAGGCUGUGGCGCCUGCACGGUGAUGGUGUCCAGAUACAACCCGAAGACCAAGAAGAUCCACCAUUAUCCCGUGACAGCAUGCCUGGUGCCCAUCUGCUCUCUGUAUGGGGCCGCUGUCACCACUGUGGAAGGUGUAGGGAGCAUCAAAACCAGGAUUCAUCCCGUGCAGGAAAGACUUGCCAAGUGUCAUGGUACACAGUGUGGAUUCUGCAGCCCAGGAAUGGUGAUGUCUAUCUACACGCUGCUCAGGAACCACCCAGAGCCAACACCUGAGCAGAUAAUGGAAGCACUUGGAGGUAAUUUGUGCCGAUGUACUGGAUACCGACCAAUUAUAGAAAGUGGGAAAACUUUCUGUGUGGAAUCCAGUGUUUGUCAGCUGAAAGGAUCCGGAAAAUGUUGCAUGGAUCAAGAUGAGCAGGCUCUUGAAAACAGACAAGAAAAAAUAUGUACCAAACUGUAUGAUGAAGAUGAAUUCCAGCCAUUGGACCCAUCCCAGGAGCCUAUAUUCCCUCCUGAACUGAUAAGAAUGGCAGAAGAUCCAAAUAAGAGGAGAUUGACAUUCCAAGGGGAGAGGACUACCUGGAUCACCCCUGUAACCCUGGACGACCUUCUGGAGCUGAAAGCCAAUUUCCCAAAAGCCCCGCUUGUCAUGGGGAACACUACAGUGGGACCCGCCAUUAAGUUCAAAGAUGAAUUCCAUCCAAUUUUUAUAUCUCCACUUGGACUUCCAGAACUAUACUUUGUGACCACCACAGAUGAUGGGGUAACAAUAGGUGCAGGAUACAGCCUGGCCCAGUUGAAUGAUGCCUUACAAAUUAUUGUUUCGGAGCAACCAAAGGAGAAGACUAAGACAUUUCGCGCCCUCCUGAAGCAACUGAGGACACUUGCAGGAGCCCAGAUUAGAAACAUGGCUACUUUAGGAGGACAUGUGGCAAGCCAACCUCAUUUUUCUGACCUAAAUCCCAUUUUAGCAGCAGGAAAUGCAACCAUCAACCUGAUAUCUAAAGAAGGAGAACGGCAGAUUCCAUUAAAUGGCCCUUUCCUGGAGAGAGCACCAGAGGCCAACCUGAAAUCUGAAGAGAUUGUCUUGUCCAUUUUCAUCCCCUACUCUACACAGUGGCACUUUGUGUCGGGGCUCCGGCUGGCCCAACGGCAAGAGAAUGCCUUUGCCAUUGUCAAUGCUGGGAUGAGCGUGAAGUUUGAAGACAACACAAACACAGUCCGGGAGCUCCAGAUGUUCUUUGGAAGUGUUGGCCCCACCGUGCUCUCUGCAAGCCAAACCUGCAGACGGCUUGUUGGGAGACAGUGGGAUGACGAGAUGCUGAGUGACGCGUGCCAGUGGGUCCUGGAUGAGAUCCACAUUCCCCCAGCAGCUGAGGGUGGCAUGGUGACAUACCGGCGGACACUCAUCAUCAGCUUACUCUUCAAAUUCUACCUCAAAGUGCGGCAAGGGCUGAACAAAAUGGUAAAUGAUUUCUCUGGGUCUCUGAAGUUUCCCGAUAUCCCAGAAAAGUUCUUGAGUGCUUUAGAAGAUUUCCCCAUAGAAACACCACAAGGAAUCCAGAUGUUCCAGUGUGUGGAUCCCCACCAAUCCCCACAAGAUCCAGUUGGCCACCCAGUCAUGCACCAGUCGGCCAUUAAACAUGCCACAGGGGAAGCCAUAUUUUGUGAUGACAUGCCCCGCCUUGACCAGGAACUCUUCCUUGCUGUAGUCACCAGCACCAGAGCUCAUGCAAAGAUCAUAUCAAUUGAUACUUCAGAAGCCCUGUCACUUCCAGGUGUGGCUGAUGUAAUCACAGCAGAGGAUGUUCCAGGGGAUAAUAACCAUCACGGAGAGAUUUUUUAUGCACAGAAUGAGGUCAUUUGUGUGGGUCAGAUCGUCUGCACCGUGGCUGCCGAUACCUAUGCUCAUGCCAAAGAGGCAGCUAAAAAAGUGAAGAUCACUUACGAAGACAUAGAACCAAGGAUUAUCACAAUAGAGCAAGCCCUAGAGCACAAUUCUUUUCUUUUUUCUGAGAAAAAAAUUGAGCAAGGAGAUGUAGAGCAUGCCUUUAAGUAUGUUGACCAAAUCAUUGAAGGUGAGGUCCAUGUGGAAGGACAGGAACAUUUUUACAUGGAAACACAAACGAUCCUGGCUAUACCAAAAGCAGAAGACAAAGAGAUGGUGUUACACCUUGGAACACAGUUCCCAACACAUGUGCAGGAAUAUGUGGCUGCAGCACUCAGUGUCCCAAGAAGUAGAAUCGCCUGCCACAUGAAAAGAGCUGGAGGAGCAUUUGGAGGGAAAGUGACCAAGCCCGCUCUUCUGGGAGCCAUUAGUGCUGUGGCUGCCAAUAAGACUGGCUGCCCAAUCAGAUUCAUCCUAGAGCGAGGUGAUGAUAUGCUGAUAACCGCUGGCCGCCAUCCACUGCUUGGAAAAUACAAAAUUGGAUUCAUGAACAAUGGUGUGAUCAAAGCUGUUGAUGUCAAAUAUUACAUCAAUGGUGGAUGCACUCCUGAUGAGUCUGAGAUGGUGCUGGAGUUCAUUGUGCUGAAAUCUGAAAAUGCAUAUGACAUUCCUAAUUUCCGAUGCCAGGGCAGAGUUUGCAAAACAAAUUUGCCAUCUAACACUGCCUUUCGAGGAUUUGGCUUCCCUCAGGCCACAGUGGUAGUAGAAGCUUACAUAAAUGCUGUAGCAUCUCAAUGUAACUUACUUCCAGAAGAGGUUAAAGAAAUAAACCUGUAUAAGAGAACUAGCAAAACAGCCUACAAGCAGACAUUUAACCCUGAGCCCUUGCGAAAAUGCUGGAAAGACUGUCUGGAGAAAUCUUCAUUCUAUGCUAGGAAACAAGCUGCAGAGGAAUUUAACCAAAAAAAUUACUGGAAGAAGAGAGGGCUUUCCGUUGUCCCCAUGAAGUAUACCAUUGGAAUCCCCAUAGCCUACUACAGUCAGGCAGCUGCUUUGGUCCACAUCUAUCUAGACGGCUCUGUCCUGCUGAUUCAUGGUGGCUGUGAACUAGGACAAGGUCUGAACACCAAAAUGAUCCAGGUGGCUAGUCGAGAACUGAACAUCCCCCCAUCACACAUACACCUGUCUGAAACCAGCACCAUCACAGUGCCCAAUGCUGUCUUCACAGCUGGGUCUAUGGGGACAGACAUCAACGGAAAGGCCGUACAGAAUGCCUGCCAGAUUCUCAUGGCCCGUCUUCAGCCCAUCAUCAGAAAAAACCCUAAAGGAAAAUGGGAAGAAUGGAUUGCACAAGCUUUUGAAGAAUCCAUCAGUCUCUCAGCAACUGGAUAUUUCAAAGGCUACCAGACAAAUAUGGACUGGGAGAAGGAGGAAGGUAAUGCAUUUCCAUAUUUUGUUUAUGGAGCAUCCUGUUCUGAGGUUGAAAUUGACUGUCUGACUGGGGCUCAUAAGCUCCUUAGAACUGACAUCUUCAUGGAUGCUGCUUUCAGCAUAAACCCAGCCCUGGAUAUUGGACAGGUUGAGGGAGCAUUUAUCCAGGGCAUGGGAUUUUAUACCAUAGAGGAGCUGAAAUACUCCCCAGAAGGUGUGCUUCAUUCUCGGGGUCCGGAUGACUACAAAAUCCCCACUGUCACUGAGAUACCAGAAGAAUUUUAUGUCACUUUUGUGCAUUCCCAAAAUCCCAUUGCCAUCUAUUCAUCCAAGGGAUUGGGUGAGGCCGGAAUGUUCUUGGGGUCCUCUGUAUUGUUUGCCAUAUAUGAUGCGGUGACUGCUGCCCGUAGAGAGAGGGGGCUGAGCAAGACCUUUGCCAUAAGUAGCCCAGCAACUCCUGAAUUGAUUCGGAUGACUUGUGUGGAUCAAUUUACUGACAUGGUUCCCAGAGAUGACCCUUCAACAUUUACACCUUGGUCCAUCCGUGUAUCUUAAUCUUGUGUUUUCAAGAAAAUGAAAUAAUAUGUGAUUAAUCUUUUUUAAAAAGUCUCAAAUCAAAGCAAAAUAUAGCUUCACUUCUGAUUGUCAAAGAUAAUUUUGGCAUUUUAAAAAUAUUAUCUGUGUCUUAGGUACCUGCAUGAUUAUGUUUUAGGAUGCAAAUUUUCACCAAAAGUAUAAUGAAACUCAGAAAUAUAAAUUCUAAUUUUAGUUUUUAUUAUCCUAAAUAUCUAUAUCACCAUGAUUUUAAAACAUGGUAGAGUUUUCAUAACCUGGACAACCCAAGAGAGACUACUCAUGCUUUAUUCUUCAGAAAUCUGCUCAAAGCAGAUUUAAAUCUGUAAAAUCAUCCACACCAAAAACUAUCAGGACUGGAUUCCCCCAAUGUCUCCUAAAAAUAGCCAACGCACAUGGUAAAAACCCUGGUUUACAAUGCUUACCAUUUCCCAUGGUAUAAAUAUUCCCACAAUGGCAAAUUCCAAGCCACCACUUUAGGAAUCUAAAUGUGGAGUUGGAAAGGAAUGCUCAUAAUCAGCUCUUGUGAGUAGCUAAGGGCUAUCUCCAACACUGCAUGUCCACCACAGUCCCAAGGCUCCUGUCAGUCCCAUGUGAUCUAUUCAGAAGGGGCUUUAGGAGGAAGAAGCUACCCUGGUUUGGAUGAAGUUUGUCACCAAUGGUUCAUGUGCUGGAAACUUAGUCCCCAGUGUGGUGGUGUUGAGGUGAUAGAACCUUUAAAAGAAAGAGCCUAGCAGAAGGUUAUUGGGUCAAGACCACUAGUGUGAAGGGAUUAAUGCUGACCUCAAGGAAUGGAUUGGGUCUCAUAACAGUGGUUGAGUUUCCACAAGAGCAGAUUCCUAAGAAACUGAGCUUUGCCCUUCUUUACUUCUUGAUUCCUCUCUGGCCAUGUGAUCCUUUGCACAAGCUACCAAUAUGUGAUGUCAUCUGCCGUGUUGUGACAUAGCAGAGACCCUCACAAGAUACAAUCAUCCAGA